GAACCCUCCAUCACCAGAGUGAUACCCUGGAGACAGUGAUCCUGGUAAAUCCCAAUGUGGACAGCAUCGUGUCUGAGGUCCGCUCACUGGUGUGUGAUUCAUCAGCCCACAAACUACUGAUCUUCUGUGGUCAGAGCUCAGAUCAGGAAGGAGACUUGAUCCUGCAGACUGGGACCUUCACUUACGAGAAGUUUGCUGAAAUACUUUCAGACCCGGAGGUUACCCAGAUUCUCAGCGACACUGAUUCCGAUAUCAAGGCCUCCCUCACUGUGUCGUGCUUGGGAGAAGGAGACUGGAGCAACCUUGGACAUCCUCGAUUUCAGGAAAUUAUUAAUCUGAAACUGAAUCCUGAUCCGGUUCUGCCAGAAAUGGAUGGGGUGUCUGAGUUUGCAGAAUAUGUCUCUGAGACAGUUGACGUGCCGUCUCCAUUUGAUCUCCUGGAGCCACCCACCUCAGGGGGCUUUUUGAAGCUUUCUAAACCCUGCUGCUAUAUAUUCCCUGGGGGAAGAGGUGAUUCUGCUCUCUUUGCUGUCAAUGGGUUUAACAUCCUUGUGGAUGGUGGCUCUGACAGAAAAUCCUGCUUCUGGAAGCUGGUAAGGCACCUGGAUAGGAUUGACUCAAUCCUGCUCACCCACAUCGGUGCAGACAACCUACCUGGUAUCAAUGGGCUGCUGCAGAGGAAAGUUGCUGAGCAAGAGGAGGAACAAUCCCAGGGCUCUACCAACUACAGUGACUGGAUGAAGAACCUAAUUUCUCCUGAGCUAGGGGUGGUUUUUUUUAAUGUUCCUGAAAAACUGAAGAUGCCCGAAUCAUCCAUGAAAGUGAAGAGGAGCAUCGAAGAAGCUUGUCUGACACUGCAGUAUCUCAGCAGACUAGGCAUUAAAGCAGAGCCGCUCUACAGGGUGGUGAGCAGUACCAUUGAACCUAUCACUCUUUUCCAUAAAAUGGGAGUGGGUAAGCUGGACAUGUAUAUACUGAAUCCUGUCAAGGACAGUAAAGAAAUGCAGUUUCUAAUGCAGAAAUGGGCUGGUAAUAGUAAAGCGAAGACUGGCAUAAUUCUCGCAAGUGGGAAAGAAGGUGAAAUUUCUGUUCCCUAUCUCACAUCCAUCACAGCCCUGGUGGUGUGGCUUCCAGCCAGCCCAACAGAGAAAAUUGUAAGGGUUUUGUUUCCUGGAAAUGCUCCUCAAAAUAAGAUACUGGAAGGUCUUGAGAAACUCAAGCACCUGGAUUUUCUGAGGUACCCAGUGGCUACUCAGAAGGACAUCACUUCUGGAAUGCCUCCACCUGUGCUGAAGCAGACCAAAAUUAAACAAAGAACUGACAGUAAAGAGAGUCUUAAAUCUUCCCCCAAGCCAUCUGUGACAAAGCAAGCUAAGAAAGAAGAGGCAGUUGAGGAGGGGAUUAAGGAGGUAAAACCAGAAGUCGUAAAGGAUGCUAAAAUUGAGAAAAAGGUUAAAGAACACUCAGAGAAAAUUCUUGAGAAACUUGUUAAACAUGAAAAGAUAAAGACAGAGUCAAGUGAUGCUCUCAAAGCUGAGAAAAGAAAAUUGGCAAAAGACAAGGUUGGAAAAAAGCAUCUCAAAGAGAAAGUAUCCAAACUGGAGGAGAAGAAAGACAAAGAAAAGAAAGAGAUUAAGAAGGAGAAAAAGGACUUAAAAAAAGAUGAUGGAAAGAAAGAGGAAAAAAAAGAUUCCAAGAAAGAGGAUAAAAAGAAAGAAACCAAACCAGAGCCCAAAAAAAUUUCUAAACCAGACUUAAAACCAUUUACUCCAGAAGUAAGAAAAACAUUAUACAAAGCAAAAGUUCCAGGCAGACUCAAAACUGAGAAGAUUAAGAUCAAACCUGAAAAGGAAAUACCUGCUGACCUGAAGAUGUCACCAAUGGAGAAGGCACCUGUGCAGGUGGAGCCAGGAGAGGCUUCCAUAGCUGAACAGAGGCUAGUCCUAUCUUCACCAGAAGAUCUUACAAAGGACUUUGAGGAACUGAGGCAUGAGGAGAAAGAGGCCUUGCAGGUGGCGCAAGAAAUGUCUGAUAUUGAGGUUAGUGAUAAGAUUAUGAGAAUACCUGAAACUGAGAUAAGAGACUCUGCUGACAUGAUUGCUCAGAGCUGCCUUGAAGUGGAUCUGCUUUUGAAAACAAACAUUCCUGAUCAGGUACCAUCACAGAUAGACCUCUUAGCAAAGGGUGUUCGAUCACCAGUGCUCAGAGAGGAAGACAAGGAGGAAGAGGAGAAAAUCCCUUUGGACAGAAAACAGAGGGAAGCAGAAACAAAGACUUGUGAGGGGACAGAGGCACAGGAAGAGGGUGAGAAGGAAAAGAAAGAAGAUGUGAUAGAAAAGGCAGAACUGGAAGAAAAGGAAGAAUACCUUGUGAAGGUAGAGGAGAAGGUGGAAGAGAAUAGAGACUUCUAUGAGCUGAAUCAGGAUGAGAGGGAGAACAAAAUGUUUACCACUACAGAAAAGGAAAAAGAAUUUAGUGACAUGGGUGAGAAAAACAAGUUACUUGGAAAAGACAUAAGAAAGGAAGAAUCAUAUCUGAGCACUCUGCCAGUCACACCAGGGGCAGCAGCAGAACAUGUUUCAUAUAUCCAAGAUGAAACAAUCCCAGGAUACUCAGAAACAGAGCAGACCAUUUCUGAUGAAGAAAUACAUGAUGAACAGGAAGAGAGGAUCCCACACUUGAAGUAUGAUGUCAAUGCCUAUGACAUUUCUGUUCCUGACCACCCAGGCUCUUUUGAAGCAAUACAUGGAAUACAGGCCAUGCCUACUGCUGACCUUUCAGCCAAGGGCUAUGUUGGCCAGGAGUCUGAAAUCCUGGCAUAUCCUACAAACAUUGUGGCAGCACCUCUAGCUGAGGAGGAACAUAUAUCCUCUGCCACCUCCAUUACAGAAUGUGAUAAGCUUUCAUCUUUUGCAACUUCAGUAGCAGAAGACCAAUCUGUUGCAUCUAUAACAGCACCACAAACAGAAGAGACUGGGAAAAGCUCUUUACUUCUAGACACAGUAAACAGCAUGCCCUCCUCUCGGACUGAAGCAACCCAAGGUCUCGACUAUGUUCCCUCUGCUGGCACAAUCUCUCCCACAUCAUCCUUGGAGGAAGACAAAUAUUUUAAAUCUCCACCCCCUGAAGAUUUCCACACCUUAGCAGAAGGAGAGAGAAAACUGGAAGCUCAAAAAAAGGAUCUUCAUGAAGAGGCAGAAGAUGAAGAGGAAGAAGAAGAUGGGACUCCAAAUAUUGAAAUGCCUGAGAAACUCAGGGGGCAUUACAGUACCCCCAUGUUUGCUCAUCAAGCAUGUCCUGACAACGUUGAUGCUGCGGAGGCUGAGGAACGAUGCAUGAGUCCUGAUGACAGUACAGUCAAAAUGGCCUCUCCCACCCCAUCUGGCCCCACUAGUGCAGGACACACACCUUUCUACCAGUCUCCAGUGGAGGAAAAACUAGAAACAGUAGAUUCAGAUCUAUUUGAAAAACAAACAGAUGAUGCUGCCAAGAAAUUGGAAAGCCAGACUUGUGUUGUGGUGAAGAGAACCAAGGGUGAACCGUUCGGAGAAGACGUGGUAUCUGCAGCAAAAUACAGACAUGAAAAAGAAGUGCCUGGACCCGAACAGCACACACUGGACCUGGGCAGUGACGUUCCAGUGUCUCUUGGAGAGGAGGUGCAGGAAGAACCGCUGGGGAAGGAGGAGCUGCCCUGGCUCUCCUACCACAAGCAGGACACAGUGGUGAUAGGGGAGGAGGAGGAGCGUCCCGUGCGGCUCCACCCCAGCACAGAUGUGUUUCUGGAGCCAGAAAAAGAGUUCAGCGAAGCUCAAGAAGAAAAAUCUCCAGAAAUGGAAGACUUUUACAUGAAAGAUUUAAGCUGUGAGAAGAAAGUGUGGUUCCCAGAAGAGGUGGAUGAGAAGCCUGUUCAGGGAAGGAGGCAGAUAUAUGAUAAAGAGAGAGAGAGCACAUUCUUGGAUGAGAUUCCAGAUAGUGCUGUGAAAACACAUACAGCUGAAACCAAAGACUUUGUGUUUGCUAAAGAAUAUGGUUCUCCAUUCACCAGCGGCAUGGGUGACAGCAUUUCGCCAAGCAGAAAGGAGUGCCAGAGCUCAGAGACCACACCAUGCUCUGCAGAGAAACAACGGCAACCCUGCGUAAGCAGCCCAGAGCAAAAGGCACCAUUUUCAGAGCACCCGUUGACACUGACAUCUCUCCCUGAUGUCCUGACAUCAUUUUCUCAUCAGCAGCACGAAGAUGAAACCACAGCCAAUGGUCCAACAGAGGUGAGCACCAGUCUGCAAGCUUUCCAAAGUACGUACCAUGCAGCAGAGGCAAAAGAUGAAAAACCAUGUGCUGAUUCUGACAGCAGUUUUUCUCCAUGCGCAGGCAAAGAGGACACAGAGAGGCAGAGCCGUCCUUCCUCUCUGAUGUCCCCUGCACACAGUUUCCAGCCCUUUUUCCCAGAUGUGCAGAGGAGUGGAAAAACAGAGGACCAUGGAGAUGCUUCCCAUGAGAUGGAGCCACAUCUAGGAGGCAGUUUUGGUUGCAGACAGAAAUUCUCCUCAUGUGAAUACAAACACAGGAAAGGAGAGCUCUCUCCCUCAUUCAUCAACCCGAGCCCUCAUGAGCUCUCUGAAGAUAGUGACCUCUCACAGGAGGACGGUCAUCCUUCAGUGCAAGGAAGACCACCCCACACUGGUAGUAGUCCCAUGCAAAGUGCCACAGUGGAGGAAACUCCUCCAACGUCAGUGAGUGAUUCUGGAACCUCUCAGUCAGACUCGGAUGUCCCGCCUGAGACAGAAGAAUGUCCGUCCAUCACAGCAGAUGCCAACAUGGACUCAGAUGAAGACGCUGAUUUCCUUCCAGUGGACAAAGCUGUUGGGAAUGCUCAUCACACCAGUUCUAGGUCCAGCCAUGAUCCUCAGCCUGUUCCAAUGGUAGAUCCUCAUCCCCAUCCUCCUCACCCUGAUGUCUGCAUGGUAGACCCUGAUAUGUUGGUAAAUGAGCAAAGCAUGAGCAGAACUGAUAAAAUCUCCAAGAAAGACAUAAAAGAAAAGAACAAAAGUGUGAGGAAGCCCUUGAACAAACCCAAGUCUUCCUCACCUGCGCGUAAAUUAGAUGUGAAAGGGAAACGAUCCCCCACUCCUGUGAAACAGCCAUCGGACAAAUCUCCAAAAUCUGUCACUGCCAAAAAAGAAAGAGAUGGUGGAGAAAAGCCCAAACCACGCGGUGGAAUGGUGCAGCCAGAGGAUGAGUUAUCCCGGAGCAGCCACAGCAACCCUGGCAAGAGCCUUGUUAAUGGCAUCAAAACAAACCCUGCUUCCAAUAGUCCUAAGAGCAGUUUGCCUGUGCCCAUGGGUCCACCUGUCUAUGUGGACUUGGCAUACAUCCCCAACCAUUGCAGCGGAAAGAACACGGAUCCGGAGUUCUUCAAGCGAGUUCGAGCAUCGUAUUAUGUUGUGAGUGGGAACGAUGCAGCCAAUGGAGAACCAAGCCGUGCAGUGUUGGAUGCCCUCCUGGAGGGGAAGUCUCAGUGGGGUGAGAACCUGCAGGUGACAUUGAUCCCAACACAUGAUACUGAGGUGACACGAGAAUGGUACCAACAGACCCAUGAGAAACAGCAGGAGCUAAACAUCAUGGUACUGGCAAGCAGCAGCACUGUUGUAAUGCAGGAUGAAUCUUUUCCAGCCUGUAAGAUCGAAUUCUAAAUCUUCCACA